CUCGUGUUCCUAAUCCAGAGUACUAAAUAAUUUAGGGUUCUUUUUUCUUGUCACACAAAAUCAAGCAAUUCAAAACCCUAAUUUCACUCUCUCGCUCUCAAUCUCUACACAAAAGCUAGGGUCUAUUGUUUACAGCUUGAUGGCGAGUGUUGUUGAAGAUGAAUUGGAGUACGAGAGUGAUCCAGAGGAGUCUAAGAUGUCUUUGAUUGCGCGUCGGAGAGAAGCGAGUGACGAUGAAGACGAGAGAGACGAGAGAGAUGGGAGAGAUGAGGAGAGAGACGAGGAGAGAGUGGUGGAGAGUGAAUCUGAAGGUGCUGUUGAGGAGUAUUAUGAGGAGAGUGAGGGGAGUGGUGAGUUUGAUGAGGAAGAGGUGGAGAGAGAUGAUGAGGUGGAGGUGGAGAUUGGAGAGAGUGAGGUGAAGGUUGCUGGAGGUGUUGAAGAAGGUGAACCGGAGUUUUCGGGGGAUAAACGGCCGGUGGAAGGGGAAGAGGUGGUUGGGGAGGAGAAGAAGAAGGAGAAUGAGCCGUUCGCUGUGCCGACUGCUGGUGCUUUUUAUAUGCAUGAUGAUCGGUUUCGUGAUGGGUCUGGUCGUGGUGGUGGUCGACAUAGGCGGAACCUUGGUGGAAGAAAUUUGUGGGAAUCAAGGGAUGAUAGAAAAUGGGGACAUGACAAGUUCUUCGAGGAGAUAACUACUCAAGAAAGGCGCCGUGAAGAGGGGAGGAAGGCAUCUAGAGGACGUAAUCGGAGCCGAGGCAAAGUUCAAGGAGAAGAACGUAGUUAUGCACGAGAUAACAGGCCUAAAAUGUUUAACAAUGAUAAUCAGAACAAUGUGCCCAACAAUCAGAACAGUCGGCUGCAGAACAGUGCUCCCAAGAACCCGGACACUGCACCCAAGAACCAGAACAAUGCACCUAAGGGUGUAAGAGGGAGAGGCCCUAGAAGAUAUCAAUCUUAUUGGAAUGAGGUUCCAAUACAAAAAAAAAUACAUGCAAAGUCGGCAGAUAAAGGUCACCAUGCUACAACUACAAAAGUAUCAGAACGCCCGUCAACUGGAGAAUCUGACCAAAACUCAGCUAAAAGACACGUGUCCUCCAGCCUGAAUUCUGCCUCUCCCCCAUUUUAUCCCUCAGCUUCUUCGAAGAAAGAAAUCAGUUUGACUCAGAAAAGGGAUGGUCCAGCUGCACCACUCCACCGGAACCUGCAGUCAUCUGUUUCUGAUGAGAGUUUUUCCAUGUCUUCAUCCAGCACGAUGCGUGAUAAGAACUUAGCUGAUGUUGGCAUGAACAAGCUUUAUAUUGACGAUCAUGCCCCUGCACAGACUGGGAAGCCAUUGAAUAGCUCACAAUUGCAAGUGUCAGUGUCCCCGUGGACUAAUUCUUCACAAUAUCCUCAUUCACGAGUUCAGGGCAGAGUACAAACUCCCAUGGAGAAGAUGGCAUAUCAAUCAACUCCUCAUAAUCACAUCGAAAGAGUCCCUUACCCAACUCAACAUCGCAAUGGCCAGCAAGUUCCUGCUCAAACACAUCAGGGUUCCUUUCAAGCUUCUGGGCGUCAGUUGGGGCAGCGGACUCAAGCUUACUUAUCACCAGAUUCAGCUCUCACAACUAAUUCUUUUGAAUUUAAAGAAACCAGGUCUUCUCAGGAAUCAAGUAAAUCAAAUACCGCGUUGAUUGGCAAAGGAAAGAGUGUUGAAGUUAAUGGAAGGGGGUCUUUCUCCUACGGUGGGGCUCAGGUUAUUGGAGCUUCUGGAGGCUUGCCUAGCAGCCAUGGUGAUGUUAACUUUCCUGGCAUGCCAACUUUCUUGCCAGUUAUGCAAUUUGGUGGUCAACAUCCAGGUGGAAUGGGGGUUCCUGCUGUUGGUAUGGCAUUCCCGGGAUAUGUGAAUAAUCCUGGGUCGGGGAAUUCUGAGAUGACAUGGCUUCCAGUUUUGGCAGGGCCUGCAGGGGCUUUAGGUGCUUCAUAUAAUUCCCCCUAUCUUUCCGUUGAUGGUACCUAUCAGUCUCGUCCUUCUGGCCAAGUAUCUUCUGUGAAUGGUGCUUCAAGCAAAGAAAACAAUAUGAAUAAGCCAUCUAAUGGUUUAAUGUCUUCUCAGAAACAAGAGCUUGCAACUGAUGAGUUUGGGCAAAGACAAAACAAACCUCGCAGAUAUACAGAGAUGAAGUUUGACCAGUGAUGGAUGUGGAUAGUUGGAAGGUGGAACCUUUUCAAAUUGGUCACAAUGCACCAUUGCUUCUGUCCCUUUGUGAUCUUCAGCAUCCUUUCUGGAUUACUUUGGGCUGUUGUAAUUUUCAUGAUAUCAUAGUCUCCAGAAGAAUCAAUGCACCUACUUGAUAUGCUAUUGGAAUGGGAGAAUUAUGAAGAGUUUGCUGAAGAUUGGGAUGCUGCUAUGGAGUUGGACUAGGAGGAGAAUGCAUAGCUAUUUCUUUUGGAAUCUGCUGGUCUGCUGCUGCAGUGAAUAUGCUCUAUUGUUUCUGUGCGUUUUGUUUUGGGCAUCAGAUUUCAUAUCUUUUAAAUGUUAUGUAAUUUACUUAAAUUGGGGCACUAAGCAGUGUGUAUUGAAUUUGACAUAUUUUUGUUACACUGGAAACUAUUUCCCGGAGUGUCUUCUUUUCCAUUUUCUAGUACUCAAUAUAUUUUCAUAGCAGCUUAAUUCUGCCUUUACGCA